GUAACAGAGAAGCCUCUCGCUUUGUGCUGAAUGAGACUUUCUCAGUGUUCUGUGUUGUUGACUUACUGUUAGCUUAGUACACACAGAACAGAAAGAACCUGUUCGGCAAUAUAAACACUAUUUAGAGUAGGCAUUAUCUGGCGGUCAGUUCAGAUAACGUUGCCACUUAGCAUACAUACCCAGGCUAACGUUACUUUUCAAGGAUGCAGGUGCAAAGAGUCGUUCUCAACUCACGGCCAGGUAAAAACGGGGCGCCAGUUCCUGAAAAUUUUCGUCUGGAGGAGACGACUUUAUCACCUGACCUGAAAGAUGGGGAGGUCCUCGUUCGGACGGUUUACCUCUCAGUGGACCCUUACAUGCGCUGCAGAAUGAAUGAAGACACCGGUGCUGAUUACCUGACUCCAUGGCAGCUGUGUGAGCGUGUGGAUGGUGGUGGUGUCGGCGUGGUGGAGUCCAGCCGCUGCACUGCUUACGCUGAGGGAGAUGUGGUCACAUUUUUCAACUGGCCUUGGCAGACCUAUGCUGUUAUGACAGGAAGUGUGUUACAGAAGAUUGAUCCGCAGUUGGUUGAUGGGCAUUUGUCUUACUUUUUGGGUGCAAUUGGCAUAACGGGACUUACUGCAUUGUUAGCUGUAAGGGAAAAGGGUAACGUGACCAAAGGGACUAAUCAGACCAUGGUGGUGAGUGGUGCGGCUGGGGCUUGUGGAUCCAUAGCUGGACAGAUUGGCAGGCUGGAUGGUUGUGUGAGAGUGGUUGGGAUCUGUGGUUCUAAUGAGAAGUGCAGAACUUUAGUAGAAGACUUGGGUUUUUCUGCAGCCAUCAAUUACCGCCAAGAGGACGUCCCAGCGAGGCUCAAGGAGUGCUGCCCCGAUGGGAUAGACGUUUACUUUGACAAUGUGGGAGGCGCCAUCAGUGAUGCUGUCAUCACUCAGAUGAACAACGGCGGCCAUGUGAUCUUGUGUGGGCAGAUCUCACAGUACAACAAGGACGUGCCGUAUCCUCCGCCCCUGAGCGAGGAGAUACAGGAAACCCUGCGCAGUAAGAACAUCAGCCGGGAGCGAUUUAUGGUGCUUAACUACGUGAACAAAGCAGAAGCUGCACUCUGUGAACUCAGCCAGUGGGUUAAAUCAGGCCAAAUCAAGGUGCUGGAAACUGUGGUGAAUGGCAUCGAGAACAUGGGUGCUGCAUUUUGCUCCAUGAUGACGGGGGGAAACAUCGGCAAGCAAAUUAUAAAGAUAUCGGCGUGAGAAUGAGCGUGUCUGUCAGCAGAGACUGAUCUGAAUCACCUGCUUUGGCAAAUUAACCUCCAGCUGCCUUUCUGUCACUGCCGUUAACACUAACUUAAUGAGCUCUAGUACAAUAUUGGAUUGAUUAGCUGAUGUCAGUCGAAUACAGUUAUGAAUGAAAAAUCAUUCAAUAUUCUUUGAAAUCGUGUAAAAUGAAAUGUUCAGAGUGCUUGGAAGUUGGAUAAUUUUUUUAUUUCAGUACUACCUCAUGAUAUUAACCCGCAUCUUCAUUCUGCCACAGUAUGUCGGGGGUUUAAAAACAUCAUAUCCGCACCAUAAUAACCUGACGAAAGGCAGUAAAACGAUUAUCAAAUAAGUCAGAGAUUUUCCUUUUACCUCCGUUUUUCAACUGGAGGACAAAUAAUUAAUGUCAGUGGAGCAAUCAACGAAACUAACCGAAAACACACAAAGCACCGGCUUCCUCACAGCAGUGCGUAGCAUAUAGGUGAUAAAUAGCACACUCAGUGGCUGCUUUGUGUUUAUUUUCCACCAGUGUUUUCAGUUAACAUACCACACCCAUUUCAUUAUCAUAUGAGCAUGAGGAAAACAUUGGGGUGUGUGUGUGGGGGGAAAUGAGGAGAAGAUAACACACACCAGGACCAAACAGAGAAACGAAGACUUGAAGAAAAAAAUAAUAAACUGCAAAAAAAAAUAAAUGAGAGUGCUAUUAAUUUAUUGACAUGAUCACUUUUAUUUUUGACUUAUCUGACAGUCAAAUCUUUUGUCAGGGUGGGGCCCCGUUAUUCUUGUUGUCCACUCCCUUAUAACAUGUGACACUGACGUGAAGACGAACACAAAAUACAUGAUUCACUGUAUUGAACAUUUUAUUCCACAGCACUAUAAAUCGUUAACAAAAUAAAA